UAAACUUAUUGCGUCCCAGAUCCCGCUAAUUCAGUUAGUUCGCGAGAUAUAUGAAGAAAAUUAUGCAAAGUUGACCAUUUAAAAUACUGUUUAUCUUUUUCUGCCCUUAUAAAAAAUUAUGUUUCUUAAUUUAAGUGCGUUAAUUUUUAAAAAUUUGUGUUCACAAUAGCGGUUAGAAAGGUAUAGAUGUAGUGUUUUAAUUAACAUGUAGUUUUUUAACCAAAGUAGCCCAACCAGAGCACAAAUAGAGUAGAAAAAAAAACGGUCACCGAAAUGAUUUAACUGUUUGUAAAUACCUCGCAUUCGUUAACGAUGAAUAUUUUAAUACGGAAAAAUUUCAACGCAGAAUCAGGCAGCCGAGACAGAAGCCAUGGCAAGCUGGGACCAAGGCAUAGGAAAUCUCACGGCGGUGUGCAUGGUAAUCGUAACAGAGAUUCGGUUUUUUGCAACAUGGAUGAGCAUUGUUGCUCAUAUAGGACUCAUUUGUUCUUAAAUACGGCUAAUCCUUUGCAAGAAUAUGAAGAAGAUACGGCCAGCAAUAGCGCGCAAAAAUCAUCGUUUCCUCUGCUACGUUGGGCUAUGGGAAGUAUCAAGAGGAAAUCGUCGAUUAAUAAAUGCGAUUAUUUAAUUAAUCAGAUCGGAGAUGCGUCUACUAGUAGGAAGAUCAGACAAGUUAGUUUCCAAGAUCAAACAGAGUUGAUUGAAUCGAAAGAUGGGUCACGUAGACCUACAGCGUUGGAAGCCAUUAAAAAAGCCGAACCAGUUACUUUAGCUAAUUUAGACCGAGACUGCUUCAUCAUUCCAAUCGCUAGCAUCGAUAGAUUUCUUCCAGCUGGUGUUCCAAUUCCACAAAUUACGAAUAAACCUUCCUGCCUAAAUGUUUUAGAAAUAGACGACCCGAAAAUUAGCGUCGUAAUACAUUUAAUGUCUCAAAUGGAACCGAUCGAACCGAUGCUUCAGUCACCUCUUUCGUUACCCCUACUAAAGCAAAAACAAUUAGCAAUGACUUUACUCAGUGAAAUGAGUGCUACUAAAAUGGCUUUCGAAGGAAUGUUACUAUCCAAUCUAGAAAAAGAUUCUGCUUUUCCAUACAUUUCUUAUUACGUGGUGAAUAAAAUCCAAUCAGAUCCGGUGGAUUUUUUUCAAACUCUGAGAAAAACCAGCUGGAGAAAAUUCGAUCCUCAAGUGUUACGUUACACAAUUGGACAAACAUUCGAUAUGUUCAACGAGGUGGCCACAAUCGCUCGACCUCCCCUGCAACCGAAUUCGAAAAAACCUAGAACAAACACGACCGGAUACAUUGUAACUAUUUAUAAAGUUUUCGAAGGAGAUGAUCGAGAGAAAUUCGAAAAAAAUUGGCUUUAUUGGACUGGAGCGAGAAUGAUAUAUCGUUAUUUACCCAAGUCAACCGGACUACGAAGGAUCACUUUACAUAAAUCUCAACUAAGCGGUGAUAAACUAUACUUGCUGAUCGCAGAAUGCUCGAAUUUUUUAUUAGAUUUUUCUGCAGCUGCGGCUUUAAUACCCGCAUUAAGAGCUCGACUUUGCGGUUAUACUGGUAUUUACAGAAGUAUUGCCGUAUUUUAGGAUUAGGUCAUGUAGAUAUCAGAUUUACGUUUGUACCUUACUGAAUUGGUUUUAAUAAAAGUACUGCUUCAUUGUA